CAGUGGGGCUACAGCGCAGGCUUGGAAUUUAUAGUCGGCAAAAGAGGGAAGACUUUCUUAGCUAACACCAGCUAACUUGGGAAAAUUAAAGUGGAUUUCAUAGUUGAGCACACGUCAUAAUCCCUUUAUUUGGAGGAGAAACUGGAAAUAAAGCGCCUCGGAGCCCACCAGCCACGGAAUACUGUCAUCACUCAAACUGCUGCUCAAACUGGUAAAAUUAACCGCGGGUUCAACGUGGUGAAGUUUGCCAAGAGGAAAAACCGCCAUGCUGUCCUUUUCUGAGCCGUCUGCUGGAAGGAAAUUAUUUGCUAUCGCUGUGGGAAAAGAGGCCACAUCGCCAGAGAAUGCAGAAGUCUCAUUCCAGCUGCGGACACCAGGCGGGGCGGAGGUCAAGGCGGUGGACGGGGCAGGAGAGGACGCGGGGGCCGUGGAGGCGGUCGUAGAGAGAAAAGAGAACAUGAUGACAGAGAGAAGGAUGAGGAGCAGGACUUCUGACUAGCUUCCCCUGCAGAAUCAGGUCAUGCAAUCACACACACACAUACAGAACAGAAAACAAAAACUGAAGAUGCUGACUAUGAUUCUGAGGAAGUGGAGGGAUCAGAGGUUCUAUCGCAAGGAGAAGUGCUAAAUUUGGAAUCUGUUGAAGUAAUGUUAGCUGAGUGGGAUGACAAACCUUUUGUGACUCUGCUGGUGAGGGGAGAAAAGUGUACCUUUUUGUGUGAUUCAGGAGCUUGCAAAACUGUGUUGAAGAAAAAAGAGUUGCCUGACAGUAGUCGGUUGACAAAACAAGAACUAUCAGUAGUGUCAGCUUCAGGACAUCAUGUGUCAGAGAGAUUGACAGAAAAAACAAAACUAACUGAUCCAGUAACUGGUUUUUCAGUAAUGUUGAAAAUGGUGGCCUCCUAGGUCGAGAUGGCAUGGCAGCAUUGCAACUUGGAAUCAUGCCAACUGACAAAGGGGUUGUGUUUUUACGAAAAGCUCAGUCUGAUUGUAUCUUUGUGAUUGAAGAUAGAAACAGGCCACGGUUUUGGUAUAGCAUUGACCCUGUUACAAAAGGCCCAGCAGCUAUCACUGCCGAACUGAGGAGAGAAGCAGCUAGUAUAACUAGGCCAGGUAAUGAAGUUCAAGGGGAGGGUGAAAUGCGCGUGUUUACACACUCAAAUUUCGAAGCAGGGCCAGACCCUGCAUAUGAGGAAACUUUUUUUCGGUAUCCCAAUUACCGACUGACUUUGACCUCACUGUACUGGGAUAAAUUGGGAAAUGUGGGGGUCGCAGUAAAAGGGGAUGAGCAACUGGACAGAGUGUACAGAGGUCAUUCCCUGCCCCAUAUUGGUCUUGCUAAGGCCCCUAAGAUGCACUGGACGGACGUCGGUGCGUUAGUGGAGUUGGGGGAGAGGGCCUUAAAAGGUUGGGUGCAGAAUGAGUCGGGGGGGACGGUGUGUUUUUCCACCAGCGACACGGUCUGUACAAGAAGGCGCUGAAUUGGGUAACAGUGGGAGCAGCCACAACUCAUUUGCAGCCCUCUUUGUGAUCAUUGCAGGACAAAGUGUGUUUGCUGACAGAGGAGCAGGAAAAAGAGUUAGAAGAGUUACCUUCUGAACUUUGGAGUACAGGGAAAGAUGGUGAUAUCGGGUUGUUACGUACUGCCACACCUGUUACCAUUAAACCUAAAAGCUCUUAUAGACCGUUUGUCAAACAAUAUCCUUUGAAGCCGGAAGCUGAGGAAGGUAUUUCAGAAGUGAUAGACAGUUUGAUAAAACAAGGGGUUUUAGUUGAUUGUCCUGACUCACCCUGCAACACACCAAUUCUGCCUGUGAAAAAAGCUACUUCCGGGUGGCGGUUAGUAAAUGAUUUACAAGCUGUGAACCGAGCUGUGAUUCCGCGAGCUCCAAACGUGCCAGAUCCCUACACUCUUUUGAACAACAUAAAACCCACUAAUGUCUGGUACUCAGUGAUUGAUUUGACAAACGCAUUUGUUACCAUUCCUUUGAGCCCUGAGUCACAGUUUUGGUUUGCGUUCACGUUUAAACACAGACGAUUGACGUAUUCAAGACUUCCUCAAGGGUUUCAAGAUAGCCCUACUAUCUUUUCACAAGAAAUUAAAAAAUGUAUUGACCUUUUUGAACCUCCUGAAGAGGAGUCACAGAUUUUGACUUAUGUUGACGAUAUUCUUGUGACUUCUAGCUCGCAGCAAAAGUGCAAAAACAUGACUUUGGCCUUGUUGAGAUAUCUAGCUGCAGCUGGUGUUAAAGUCUCUAAGUCUAAACUCCAGCUGUGGAGUCAGGAGGUGAAAUAUUUAGGCUACACGCUAACUCCUGAAGGCCGUGUGUUGGAUGAGCAGAGAAAAACAACUAUUCUGCAGUUACCACAGCCUACAACAAAGCGAGAGAUGAUGUCUUUUCUUGGUACUUGCAACUUCUGCAGGUUAUGGAUUGCUAAUUAUGCCGAAAUUGCACAACCAUUACAGAAUAUGAUUUAUGGUAAAGCAAUGGCUGCUUCAGAUAAGGUGGUGUGGACUGAGGAGGGCGAGCAGGCUUUCACAAAGUUAAAGCAGUUGAUAGCUUCUUCAUCUGUACUUGCCUUACCUAACAUGAAAAAGGAUUUCAUACAAACAGUGGAUUGCAAAAAUGGUUUUAUGACAUCUGUCCUGUUACAGGAGUAUGGGGAUAAAUUAAGACCUGUUGCUUUCUAUUCCUCCAGACUUGACCCAGUAAGCAGAGCCCUGCCCGGAUGCCUGCAGGCGGUGGUGGCAGCGGCUAUGGCAGUGCAGACCUCAGCUGCCUUAGUUUUGUUUAGGCCACUGACUCUUAGAGUGCCACAUGCUGUCUCUUUGCUAUUGCUGGAACACAAACAUUCACACAUGUCACCAGCAAGACACUUAUCUUGCAUAGCCACAUUGUUAGGCCAGCCAAACUUGACCAUUGAGAGAUGUACGGCUUUGAAUCCAGCUACGCUCCUUCCAACACCUGUAGAAGGGAUUCCUCAUGAUUGUAUGGCAAUUACCGAUGAAUUAACCCUACCUCGCGCUGAUUUGAUUGACACACCUUUACCUGAUGCAGACAUUGUGAUGUUUGUAGAUGGUUCUGCAAGCAAACAUGUAGAUGGGAUUAACAGAGUUGGUUAUGCUGUAGUUACACUGCAUGAAGUAUUAGAGUCUGGAGCUUUGCCUUCUAAUUUCUCUGCCCAGGCAGCAGAAUUAGUUGCAUUGUCAGCGGCGUGCAGGUUAGGGAAAGAUAAGAAGGUCACGAUCUGGACAGACAGUCAGUAUGCCUUUUCCACUUUGUUUACCUUUUCACAGCAGUGGAGAAAAAAGCAUAUGCUAGAUAAAGGCACUUGCGGGCUGGAGAGGGUCGGGAGCCCCACGGAUUCCUUUGUGAGUCCCGCAGGAAGGAAAUUAUUUGCUAUCGCUGUGGGAAAAGAGGCCACAUCGCCAGAGAAUGCAGAAGUCUCAUUCCAGCUGCGGACACCAGGCGGGGCGGAGGUCAAGGCGGUGGACGGGGCAGGAGAGGACGCGGGGGCCGUGGAGGCGGUCGUAGAGAGAAAAGAGAACAUGAUGACAGAGAGAAGGAUGAGGAGCAGGACUUCUGACUAG